AUGUAUGUAAACACCAACAAACUCGAACAGAUUGAGAAGCUAUGGGUGCAGGAGAUGGGAGAGCUAAGUCCUCUCGCGUCACAGCGCCUAGCUGAGGUUCUCUCCUCUCUACCCUGCCUUCAAACUCUCCGCCUGGAUAGUAACCAUAGCAACCUAGGGGAGGAGUACAGCUUUGCAUUAACCAUCUCAUCCCUCCUUGGAAAGGUGAGGAUCAGUACUUUCAUAUUGUUUGAGAUCAAGGUCACACUACAAGCAAUACGGACUAUCCUCUCCCUUGAAACCAUGCGCGAACUCAGGAUGAUGGGAGUCAUAGUCGGCAGCAAUGACGACGACGAUGACGACGACGAUAACGAUGACCACGAUGAUGAUAAUGGCGAUGAUGAUAAUAACGACGACGGUGAAAGUAUCGAUGUUGAUGAUGACGAUAAAGAUGACGAUGGAGACGGUGGUGGUGACGAGGGCAUGAGUGACGCUGGUGUCACUCAAGGCGAAGAAUGUUGCUCUACUAUGACGGCCUUGGAUUUGGAAGGAUCUCUAACAAGCAAGUUGGAGGUUCUAGCCUUAGAUGACGAGUCUAUACCCUCUGUGCUUGAGAGUGGUGUCCAUACCAUGUGUCCUCAUGUACAAAGACUUCAUUUAGAGUUCACCCAUGAGGAAAUCACUCAAGAGCAUGUCGAGAUCAUCAAGAAGUUCCCCAAGACAAAACACCUUUCGCUCAAGGCGUACAAAGAUCCACUCCUGCCCGCUGAGCCGCCUAUGCAAGUAUCUUUGGAUCAUCCUCUCUGGCUGUGUAGAGCGCUGGAAGAUUCCACCAACCUGCGCAGACUAUCAAUUAGCGAUAUCACUAUAGGAGAUGAGAAUGCGGGAUCGAUACUCCGCAGUGCGAGGCGUCAUGGUCAACUCGAACAUCUGACAAUGGUUCGCUGUGCAACAUCUACAACUCUCGAUGCAGUCGCGAGUGAGAUUUCAUCACAAACCGGCGUAGAGAUCACUCUGACACAUGGCAAGCCUCCGAGCUGGGACGAUGAUGUCACGGUGGAACUUGAAGAAGAUAUCUUGUGGGCUACCAAUGUCUUUGAGAGUGCAUUCACAGUGAUCAGCAAAAAUGACGUCUUAACAGAGAAUGGUUGGGCUAGAGAGGGUACGACCCCGCCCCUCUGUCCAUUGAAUCAUGGAGGGAGGGGAGGAGGGGGGGAGAGAAUGUGAAAAGAAGAGAG